AGUCCACCGACCUCCGCAGUCAAGCGAUGGCGUGUGUGUGGUUCAGAGCGGCCCUGCUGCUGUGCGUCGUAGUUGGGCUUCGUGCUCAAUUGAUGAUGGGCGGCCAGUACUGGACUGACCCAGAACAACAGCUCCUCCUCCAGAAUCUGGCAGUUCGCGUGGAUAAGCUGGAGAGGGAUGCCGCAGAAGCAACCAAAACGCAUGUGGCCUUCUCGGCGGCGCUGGUCAGCACCACAGACUGGACCCACGUAGGACCCUUCAACACAGACACCACGCUGGUUUUCAAGAGGGUGGUGACCAACGUGGGUAAUGGCUAUGACGUCAACACAGGCAUCUUCACAGCCCCAGUCAAGGGCAUCUACUUCAUCAUCUUCACCGCCAGCGUGGGAAACUCUGGCGCGAUGAACGCAGCGGUGCUGAAAAACGGCGUCAACAUGUUCGCUGUCUACGACACCAGGGGAACGCACGGCAGCGCCACCAACGGCAUGACGCUGGAAUUGGAGGCGGGAGACAAGCUGUGGGUCACCUUGUGGGUCAACAAGAGUACCUUUGACCAGAGCAGACUCAGCACUUUCAGCGGCUUCCUCAUCGAGCCCCUGUAAACCCCAUCGGGUCACAUGACCUACACUUUGGACAGGAAGCAAUAAAACACUUGCAGCACGACAA